AUGUCCUCUACCACCCAAGAUGGCCCUAUCGGCACCCAUAAAGGAACCGAUUCGGUAGAUAUCGAACAACAAGAGAGACCAAUUGCCCUAAACUCCGGCCUCCCAAAGUCCCUCGGCGCAGGAUCUGCAUUGGCCCUGGGAGCAUUCGGCACAACACUCACCACACUCUCGUUGAGUCUAAUGGAAUGGCGCGGAGUAACAACCAACAAUGUUUUCGUGGCGAACUUCUUCUUCAUAGCUACGUUUGGGUUAUUGAUAACCGCCCAAUGGGAACUAUCUAUUGGGAACGGCUUUGCGUAUACGGUUUUCAGCGCGUUCGGUCUUUUUUACGCUGGGUAUGGGGCUCUUUUGACUCCUGCGUUUGGGGUUGCGGAGGCAUAUGGCGGUUCCAGUACAGCGCAGUAUAAUAAUGCCGUUGGGUUCUUCAUGAUAUUAUGGACGGUAUUUGUCUUUACUUUCCUUAUUGCUUCUCUCGCAAGCAAUAUUGCGUAUGUUUUUGUCUUUCUCUUCGUUGAUCUUGGUUUCUUGUUUGUGGCUGUAAGCUACUUUGCUAAAGCUGAUGGACAUGCCUCGGCUUCUGUGGCGUUACAAAAGACUGGCGGGGUAUUCUGUUUUCUUGCGGGGUUGAUUGGAUGGUAUAUUGUAUUUCAUUUGUUGCUGCAGGAUUCUAUUUUGGAUCUACCGCUGGGUGAUACUUCACGGUAUUUUGGGAAGAAGGGGAAGAAGGAGUAA